AAGCCGUUAGUUUGUAGAGAAGAAACUGUGACCGUCCAUGUCUUGUCUACAAACAUCAACACGCUGACAAAGUUAUUGGCAGCAAUGUCGAGAGAAAACACCACCCGAAGUUUGGACAGUAUAGACCUCGCUGCUUUAAGAGAUCCUGCAGGUAUCUUUGAGUUGGUGGAGGUGGUUGGCAAUGGAACCUAUGGUCAAGUGUACAAGGGUCGUCAUGUCAAGACGGGCCAGCUGGCAGCUAUCAAAGUCAUGGAAGUCACAGAGGAGGAAGAAGAGGAGAUAAAGCUGGAGAUCAACAUGUUGAAGAGUUAUUCCCACCAUAGAAACAUCGCUACUUAUUAUGGAGCUUUUAUUAAGAAAGGUCCUGCGGGACAGGACCACCAGCUCUGGUUGGUGAUGGAGUACUGUGGAGCUGGCUCAGUAACAGACUUGGUGAAGAAGACCAAGGGAAACUGUCUGAAGGAAGACUGGAUAGCUUAUAUUUGCAGAGAGGUGCUCAGGGGUCUUUCCCAUCUUCACUCCCAUCAUGUGAUUCACAGAGACAUUAAGGGACAAAAUGUUUUGCUCACAGAGAAUGCUGAAGUCAAACUGGUUGACUUUGGGGUGUCGGCUCAGCUGGACAAGACCAUUGGCAGAAGGAACACCUUCAUUGGUACUCCCUACUGGAUGGCUCCAGAGGUCAUUGCUUGUGAUGAGAACCCUGAUGCCACAUAUGACUACAGGAGUGACCUCUGGUCUUUAGGAAUCACAGCUUUAGAGAUGGCUGAAGGAGCCCCUCCUCUAUGUGACAUGCAUCCAAUGAGAGCCCUGUUUUUAAUUCCACGAAACCCUCCACCCAAACUGAAAUCAAAGAAAUGGUCAAAGCGUUUUCUGUCCUUUGUCGAUAACUGUCUGGUUAAGAACCAUCUGCAUCGACCCACCACUGACACCCUGCUGAGACACGCCUUCAUCAGAGACCUGGCUAAUGAGAGACAAGUUCGCAUAAUGCUAAAAGAUCACCUGGAUAGAACCAGGAAGAAGAGAGAGAAAGAGGGUCCAGAGUAUGAGUACAGUGGCAGUGAGGAAGAGGAGGAUGAGGUCACAGAGGAAGAAGGAGAACCCAGCUCCAUAGUGAACGUUCCUGGUGAAUGGACGUUGAGACGAGAGUUUCUCCGUUUACAGACAGAAGAUCGUGAAGGAGGCAGAGAAGGAGGUCAACAAAGUGGGGGUCAACAAAGACAACAAGCUUUACAGCAGCAGAGGCAGCAGUUGGUGGAGCAGGAACGAUACAAGCAGCAGUUAGUGGCUGACAGGCAGAAGAGGAUCCAACAACAACAUGAGCAACGGCAAAAGUUAGAGGAUCAACAGAGACGGCAGCUGACGGACUGUGCCUUUCAGUGGGCGGAGCUUCAAGAAAUCUCUCUUGGGGAGGAGUCUGAUCUCCAUGACAACAGAGUCUUACUGGAUGAGAGAAACAGGAGGAGUGACAGGAGAGCGGACCAGGCAGGCAGAAAGCGGAGUGCCGAUGUGUCAGUAAGGCCUCUGGACUCCACAGCAGAGCAGAGAGCCGUGGCUCCAAAGCAGCUGCUUCAGAAUAAGACCCAGCACUCCCAGCCUCAGCCUCUGGCCCAGCAUCAGCAGCCCUCAUCGGGCAGAAGAUCCCACCGCACCCUGCCCAAGGACCAAACCCAGCUCCUGUCGCUGCAGCACGACCACAGACACAGGGAGAGAGAGAGGGAAAGAGAGAGACAGAGGCAGAGGGAAAAGCCUGUGGCAGCUGUCCAGAGGCUAACACCUAAUAGUGGGAACACAGCUGCUACUGCUGCUACUGCUGCUGCUGUGUCUGCUUCCUCGCCCAGUCGCCCUGCAAACAGCCAGCGCUCAGUGAUGGACUUCCAGGAAUCAAACUUAGCCAGGCUGCUUUUGGCUGCUGGUCUUCCCAGCCAGAUGCACUCCAGGCUGGGCUCUGGCAGCAGCUCUAGUCCUUGUACCCCAGCCAUGCAGAGAGCUCACAUCAACCAGAAUGCCAAUCUACGCUCUAGUCGAGACGCCCCUCACAGCAGCUCUAUGUCAGAUAUGGCCAUUUCCCCGUUGUCUCCAUUUUCCUCCAUGUCCCAAACUGAUGAUGUCUUCUGGGACUGCACACCACCUAAAGUCCCAGAACGCACUACCUCUAAGUUUUACUGUAGAGAGCUGGUGAUGGGGCACAAGAGGGCCGCUUCGAGUGGCAGUCCAGUGUCUCCGGCAGACAAAAGUGGAAGGUCUGUGUCUCAUGGAUGCUCCUCCACCAGCAGCAACCACCCAGGUUACUUCAAGCUCGAGAGUCCUCUUCUACAGCACCGUCUGCAACAGUACAGGAACACACAAGAAAACGUAACCAGUGGGCACACACAGGGCGUAAAAUCUGCUCUCAGCCGCUUUAACAAAGCCACAGAAUACUCCUCUUCCAGUGAUGAGAUCGGUAGCAGUGAUGACGAAGACAGAAACGGGUCUGGCCUGUCCAAUGGAAAAGGGAAAUUCUUCAGAGGAAUACCUGAUGGCAUUGUCCUGCAACCUCACCACAAUCUUAAUCAGAUUUCUCGGAUGGGUUCAGACGAUACCUACCUGCUGCCAGACCUUCUGCAGAAAACCUCUCCCUCCAGUCCUACCCAUAAUGCACUGGGCCAACAGCAGCAAGCACGUGAACUCAGCUACUCGCAGUCGCCCACAGCCCCUCGAUGUCCCACACAUCAGGAACUACAUGAGAGUAUGGCUGUCAGCAGUCCCACUGGUAAAAACACCUCCACAUCUUCCUCUUCCUCCUUUCUGUCCUUCAUCGAUCCAAGAUUGAUCCCCAUAUCAUCACCACCACAGAGCCCUACGGGCAGUAAGGGUGACCCAAUCAAGAGAGAGAACCACAGGAAGGGCUCUGUGGUGAAUGUGAACCCAACCAACAUUCGACCACAGAGCGACACUCCGGAGAUCCGAAAGUACAAGAAGAAGUUCAACACUGAGGUUCUCUGUGCUGGACUAUGGGGUGUGAAUCUUUUGGUGGGGACAGAGAAUGGUCUGUGGCUGCUGGACCGAAGUGGUCAGGGGAAAGUCUACUCUCUCAUCAGCAGGCGAAGGUUUCAGCAGAUGGAUGUGCUGGAGGGACUUAAUGUGCUCAUCACUAUAUCAGGUAAAAAGAACAAACUCCGCCUCUACUACCUGUCCUGGUUAAGGAAUAAAAUCCUCCAUAAUGACCCAGAGGUGGAGAAGAGACAGGGUUGGACCUCAGUAGGUGACCUGGAGGGCUGUGUGCACUAUAAAGUGGUGCGUUACGAAAAGAUAAAGUUCUUGGUGAUUGCUUUGAAGAAUGCUGUGGAGGUGUACGCCUGGGCCCCAAAACCCUACCACAAAUUCAUGGCCUUCAAGUCGUUCAGGUCCCUGCCUCAAAAACCGCUGUCUGUUGACCUGACAGUGGAGGAAGGUCAAAGGUUAAAGGUCAUCUACGGCUCCUUGUCCGGUUUCCACGCCAUUGAUGUCGACUCUGGAACACCAUACGACCUCUACCUGCCUACACAUAUCCAGGGCUCCAUCCAUCCCCAUGCCAUCAUCAUUUUGCCAAACAGCGCUGGAACAGAGGUUCUGGUUUGUUACGAAGAUGAGGGCGUCUACAUCGACACCUACGGCCGCAUCACCAAGGAUACAGUGCUGCAGUGGGGGGAGAUGCCUGCAUCAGUCGCCUACCUUCAGUCUAACCAGGUGAUGGGUUGGGGAGAAAAGGCAAUUGAACUGAGGUCUGCCAACACAGGAAACCUGGAGGGAGUUUUCAUGCACAAAAAGGCCCAAAAACUCAAGUUUCUUUGUGAAAGGAAUGACAAGGUGUUUUUUGCCUCAGUGCAGUCGGGCGGCAGCAGUCAGAUCUACUUCAUGACUCUUGGACAGAACUCGCUGUUCAGCUGGUAAUGACUGGACCUGUGGGAUCAACUGGUGACAUCUGCCUUCAUUAUUCUGGGUUCGCCUCGUGAUGCCUUUUUUUAUUUGAGCUGACUGAUGUUGGUCUCUAUUGGCAGUUGAUCCCUGCAAGGAUCAACUAAGUACUCUUGGAUCCAUUACUCUUGUCUAGUUUCCAUGUAAAUGUGCAUGAGGUGAGUUGAUCAUGACUCCGGCUGCAGCAAAGAUGCUUGAACCCAUAACUCCAUCCUUGACUACUGAGGCCUGGAACAAUGCUUCUUCAGCAGCACAAAAAUCUGGACCUAAUAUUCAGUGAAAAAGAGGAAAGGUUCACGACCACCACACCUGACCAUGAAAGAGUUAAAAGGUACAACGACCAAUGUCAGCAUCUGUAAUGUGUAAUUAGCUUUUUCGCACGCCGGAUCUCCAUAGUUACCGGUCUUUCCGAGACUGAAAAUCGCCCCAGACCGUGAAAACUCAUUUUGGGUCUGUUUGAUCAAAAUCCACCUGGAUGCAAAACUGAUGACCUGAUUCAGCUGAUUGUGUUGAUUCCUAAUGAACACCAGAUCACUGAUAAAUAUCUGGCCUCAAGAUUCCUCUACUCAUCUGUUAGCACUGGAGACCACAGCAUUCCUGUUCAGUUUGCUCCACAUUCACUUCAUCUCUCCGGGAUCAGUUUUCUCUUUUUUCUAAAGGACUCCAUUGUAUCAGUUACUCAGCUAAUUAUGUGUACAUCAGUUAUUCACUCAUAUUUGAUUGCCUGGCUGUGGCGUAUUACUGGAUCCACUGCUUCCUUUUCAUCCAGACGGAGUGAAAACUAGAAGAACAAAAUCCGUUCAUCAACCUCAUUCCUUCCAAGGACAUCAUCUGGGCAUUUUAAAGACUGGGUUGGGGCCAUUUCGGGGCUAAGUAGGACAGCUACUGUAUAUCAUUCCAAAUUUUGUUGCUAUUGCUUAAAAGAUGAGUUUUUUUGUCCAAGGUGACAGUUUUUCUGGGCCACAGUGAAUCAGUAUAAUGCCCUAUCAUCAAUCAGUAAUGUUUAAGCAUAUCCUCAGCUGCAAUUAUGCUGUCCAUGCAAACCUCAUAAGGCCAAAUGUCAGGAUUGAAAUGUACAAGACAUAGUUAGUUAGACACACUUAGACUUUUUAUCAGGUCAUUCUGUUCCUAAUUAUGAACAGUAAGUCAUCAUCUUUCUCUGCUUAGCUUGAAAUCAGUUGCCAAUUAAGCAAAAAAUACUCUCUUGGGAUUGCUUGGGACCAGUCCUCUUCAGUUUCAGUUUGAGCAUUCACGCUAUCACAUAUCUGGACCAUUUUAUUUUAGUCUUAUUACUAUAUAAUAAGGACCUGAAGAGCCUUUUACUCUACAGUAGGAGCCAUAAUUCUGGUGGACAGUAUAAAGGGUGUACACAAGUCCACUUUAAUAGGCAAUGAAUGCUUUUCUGUUUUCUUGCAUCUGUUUUGUACAGCUUAGGAUGUAUAUAAUCUUGUACGAAGCACUGUUUUCUAAAUAUUAUAUAAUUGACAAGCCAUCUUUAUGUAUGUGUACAGAAUUAUAGGCUUAUGAAUGUGAAAUUCCAUCCCAAAACAGUUUAUACAUGUUAUGUCCACGAUCUUAAAAGGUUUGUCAAUAUGGACAUGAGCUACUGACAGUGAACUUGAAGGCUCAUGUUCAAGUUUACCAACCUGACCUGAAGUGUUUAAGAUCAGAUAAUGCAUCAUGUGGAUUCUGUUUUGUGGUUGAUUUUCUCCUAACAUGUAUAAGUCAGGCUCUUUGCACAAUGGCCACCUUGUACAUGUUUUCUGUAAUAUAUCACACUUUGGAAUGAUUUCUAUGUUUCAAAGUGGGAAACAUUUAAAGCCAUUCUGCAGUCAGUAUUGAAGAGAUUACUGCUAGCUUUUGGCUUUAGAUCUGUAUCUUACACUACCCAACAUGGGACGCACACUUGUUUUUGAUGGGUCACCUUGAGAAAUUUUAUUUUUUUUGACCCUGGAUCUGAAGCGAUGCAAUGACUCGGGCUGAAAAAAUGUAAAAAUGCCCGGUUGUAUAAUAUGUAGUUUGUUUAUUGUUUUGUCAUUUACACAAUGAGCUUCAAAGCGAGAAACCAAAGAUCAAGGCUUUGAUGUUUUGGCUUCCUUGAAUCUAACUGUGUGAGAUACUUAAGAUGCUUACAAAUCACAACUGACCAUUUGAUUUGACGUUUGAAUACUGUUGGAAAGAUAAAGAGUUGGCAGAAAUCUUGCAAAACUCACGUAGUUUGGGGAAUAUUAUUAUGUAUAGUACAAAAGAUGCCAAUCAACAAAUCAACCUGCAAAAUCUCCCAGGACUGAUGUGUCUUGCUAGCUCACAACAAAAUAUAUGCAAGUUAAUGUUGCUAGCGUUAUUAUAUUUAAUAGCCUAUAUGUAUGUUUUAUACAGUGCUUGGUUUGGUAAAAGUGUAGAAAUAAUUGGUUUUUACCUUCAAAUGUGAAUUUGCGAUUUGUUUAAUUAUGAUUCAUUUUCAUUAUGUCAUGUUUUCCCUUCAUCAGAUUUAGCUUAAACAGCUAACGUAGUUACAUUAUUCUCUAUAUUGUAUUUACUCUUGAGUUUUGUGGCCAUCAGAAAUUGCGCCAAAUGUUUUAUAUUCAGUGACACUUUUUAUUAUGGUCUUGAUAGAGAUAUUACAGCUGGUUCUGUGAGAAUAAUUUAAACUGGAAAAUUAACUUUCUGAUAAUGACUGUCUUGUUGCUAAAUUGCUACCAACACACCGGACCAGAUAGCUAGUUGACAUGGCUACAGUGUGAGGAAAUACAGGAAUGUAAAAUAAUUUUGACAGGCUAAUAGAUGGAGAACUGCUAGCUAACUUGGGCUAAUUGUUUCAGAACUAUGCGAGCUAAGCUAACUUGCUUGAAUGAUAUACAGAGAUUCUAGGUAGCAUGUGGCUAAGAUAAUAGCAAAUCUUGGCUGGCAAGCUAACAGUAGCUCAGCUGUGUAAAGUUUCCACACAAGAUACACAAUAUGACUGAACUAUUUUUCACACACUUUUGUACCGUUUCAAUUAAAACUCUUCACCCUUCACAAAUAGAUUUUACUCCUAUAAUCCUAUAAUUUCUGUCUGGAGCAGGACAUAUUAUAUGUAGAAUAAGGCACUGUGCUAGUUUGUGAUCAGAUUUGGUCGGGUCUGGUCAGGAUCCUGAGCAAGACCCUGGCCUUUAGAGUCCAAAUAGACAAAAGACCAGACUAAAAUUAGUCCUGAACUACCACAGUGGUUCUAUCAUCUGUCCACUGCACAGGAAGUAGCCUAUAUUUGCUGCGCCCUUCUUUUCAACGCACUCUGGCCACCAACAGUACAUGUAGUGCUAGAAAGCACAACAAGCUAAUCAAAUUAGUUCUUUUAUUAACCAGCUCUUUGAUUGGUCUAUUUAAUUCUUGCUAUUUUCCAGUUGUCAAAAUGAGAAUUUGUAUGAAUGUUAAUUACAAUUUAGUUUCAAGACCCUACUAUUAAAAUCAAUAAUGUAUUUGUUUGAAUACCACUGAUAUAAUUGAUUAUAAUUAUAUUAUAAUUACAGAUUUUAUCAUGCGUUGAGAGACUUUAACCGCUUACCACCCUUAUACUGUGCAGUUUUGGGUUAUGUUGUUUGUCAUGUUAAGAAAACAAGUCUAUUUUCUCUGUACUGUUUUACAGAAAACCCAUUAUGGUAAAAACUGCCAUUACAUUACACUUAACAUUUUCAAUGAUGAGUAUGCUGUGUUUUUUUAAUUGGUAUCUUUCUUCAUCCUGCUUCAAGAAACAGCACAGAAAUUAGCUUGUACAAGCUAAACAGAGCCAGUGUCACACCUAAUGAUGUGUGCUUAUCUGGGUUUAUCCAGUGAGGAUAUUUUUGUGAAUUAUUAGGCCCUAACUUCUCGGUCUUCUCCUGCAUGUGCUGCACAUUUGACUGUAGCUCUAUCUAUAAUGGGAGAUAGUGAGAGAGAGAGAGCAGUGCACUUCCUCCUACACCUUCCACUGGUUAAGGUGAUGACAGAUUCUGUUUCAGGCUCGCUGUGACUCACUUCUCCAGCUCUCCCACCAACUCUUUUUCUCUCACUUUGUCAACACAUCUCUUCUCUCAGCUGCCUGAUAUUCCCUCCGCCGCUUUUGCUCAGUUCCUCCUCUACCUAUUUUUCUUCUUCUUUCUCCUUUCUAGCAUCUCUCAGCGUUCUUCAGCUCUUUGUUCUCAUGUCUUAUUCUCUCCAUAACUUUCCAUUGUCUCUCAUUCUCUCAUGUCAAGUCUCUCCAUCUACCCCCAGCGCAGCUGAAAGGCUUAUUCAGGAAAUUUUGGAUAGUGUCACUAGAUUGGCCGGGGGUGGGAGAGUAUUUUUCUUGAAUUACUUUUACUUUCAUUCAGUCACUUCAUGCGGGAGUUGAGGUGUGAUGCAUGAGGCAAAGGAGACCACACUUUCAAAAAUUCAGUCAUAUGAUAAAGGCAAUCAUGCAGUCUAGAUAUUAUGUUCUACAAGCCUUAUUGAAGCAUAUUGUGCUAUGCUUCUGUCAUAUUUCUUUGCUGCUGCUUAGAUCAGAUUCUUUCCUUUGAAUCACAACAUUGUCCAUCUCUAUUCCAAAAAACAUUUUUGCAUAAUUUAUCAAUUUAAGAGCAAAACCACAGAACUGGCCCAAUUCUCUUUUAUUUUGUAUUUAUUGCUGUUUGUUGAAGUGGGAUGUUCCCUUAAAGCAAGAUUAUGUAAUUUGUGGAAGAUACAGAAUAGUGGUAAAAGCUUAACCAUAGCGUAACAGUAGCACAGGUAAAAAAGAGUAAUAAAGUUAGUAAACCGCCUCAUGCACUCAGGUUUUCUAACCAUAAGCUACUAGUCAUACCAGACAAGUAAGGCUGUAAAGACAAAACACCUGAGUGUAUUGACUUGAUCAAAAGUAUAUUUUAUCACUUAUUAAUUAAUCUUUUAAUUUGUAAGAGAAUGUGUGAUUCCUUUUUCAAAAGUUACAUAGUUUUGAUUUAAGUGCUACAACUGUUAUUUUGCAGCCUGUGUAUGAGCAAGAGUCUGGAUGAGCUGUGCAGAAAGUGUUUGUUUGUGUGGGAGGGUGUGAUGCAGAUUGUGAACAGGUGCUCAGUAAACCGGAUAGUCUGCAGGGGAAGGAAAAACAGAGUUAGAGGAGGUGGCUGGUGGCUUGAGUCAGGUGUCACCCAAUAGAAGGAAAAUGGAUGUUGCUUUAAAACCCAAAUCCACAAUUUAAAAACUUUGAAGAGGCUCUGACCUUAAAAAAUUGAAAUACUAUAAUCUUCAAAACAAAAACUAAAUUUACGAAAAAGGUGGAAAAAUUAAUCCAUUUAUUUAAUGAACUAACGGAGCUAGUGAUGGAGCCAGUGUUUCAACAGAUGGCACCAGACUGCACAUGUGGAUUGAGAAUUUAUAGAUACUGAUGGUUCUGAUGAGGAGAGGGAGGAAGAGGAUGUGAGGAUGUUAUAGAGAGCGGCAGUGAUCACGAUGAAUAGCCUUUUUAGGUUUACUCACACUUAUCCAUUGGCCAAAUUAAUCUUCCGGCACCAAUAGGCCGAUAGCGAUCUUUAAUAGAACAGCAUUGUCUGUUGAUGGGUGAUAUUUUCCAAAAGUUGAGAUUUAGCCAACAAUUUACAACUACUGUCAGUAUUUUGAGGUUAUCUUCAGUGUAGACACACAUGACAAUUAUGUCGAAAAUUCAAAGAAGUUGAGAUUAUAUAAGACCAAAUGUUAUAUAGAUAUAUAUAUUCAAGAAAAUAUUUUUCCCUUAGCCAUUUCAUUUCAUUUCUGUACCGCUGUAAAGAUGAUUCUUUUGUUACUUUUUUUUUGCACUGGACCUGUGUUUGAUGCAUCAUAUACUGUACCCUUCCUGCUUUGAGAUGAACACACACUAACUUGUGUUUCCAUGUAAAGACACAAAAGACAGUGAGAUGACAAUAAAUAAAUGUGUUGAAUUGA